AUGGCGUCUCCGAAGUCGCAGUUGGCGUCUUCCGUCUUGCCGUCGACGUCCACGCAUCCUACUAGUGCUGACAUCGACAAUCAACCUUGUGAUUCUUUAACCAAGAGAGUAAACCCCUAUGUUGAAGAAAUUAGGUUACAAUGGAACAUGAACAAAGUAAUUCAAAGACUAGAUACUCGUGAACAGUGUCUACAGUUUGCCGAAGACAGGCAAUUAAUACCUAGAGAGAAGCAGUGUUCGUACCAUAGACGGCCAAUGUCAUUGAUAAUCCAAAAUGGCUUAGUGGGCACUUUUCGUUGCCGCAAAAGCAACUGCCGCACUAAAAGCAUAAGCCGAGCUACUGGUACAUGGUUUGAAAAUGUCCACAUUUCAUUGACAUUACUUUUUAAAUUAAUGUAUAUGUUUAGUCGCAAUUAUAGUUAUGAUUUGGCACAAAUUGAAGGAGCUACAGAUGACAGAGCAUCGGUAUUAUCAACAAAAACUAUAGCUGAUUGGUACAGCUACUGCAGAGAAGCUAUAGUUAUUUAUGAAUUGGAACAUAAUGAGGAGCGAACAAAAAUUGGUGGACCUAAUAAAGUUGUACAAAUCGAUGAAUCUAAAUUUGGUAAAAGGAAAUACAAUAGAGAUAGACAUAUAGAAGGACAUUGGGUCCUAGGAAUGAUAGAAGACGGUAGUGACGAUUUAAGGUUAGAAAUAUGUCCCGACAAUGAACAAUCCGCUGAUAUACUGGUACCACUAGUUAAGAAACAUGUUCAGGAAGGCUCCAUUAUCCAUACAAAUUCCUGGAAAGCAUACGAAUGCCUUCCUGAACAUGGUUAUAUACAUAAAAAGUCCAACCAUUCAGAUCAUGAUAAAAAAUUUGUGGCACCAAACACGACACACACACAAUGGAUAGAAAGCCAUUGGAGAGGGCUGAAAAAAGUUUUUCACAUGAACCAAUUUAAAGGAAAUUUUACAGAAUGGUUGGUGGAGUUCGCAUGGCGAAGAAAAAUUAAAAUUAAUCAUUUAGAUCCAUUCGAAGAGUUGUUAAAAGUUAUAAACUAUGUGUACAAAUUAGAAAAA